AAGAAGGUGUUUUACAACUGCUGUGAGAGUGUAGUGGGCGUAAGACGUGUUUACUACACACUGGUGUCCACUUCUCGUGGAUUUUCUCAUAAACCGGUUUCGUUGUAAAGUCUGUGCGGGUAAACACAUGGAAAAAUGGCUAAAAUCGACCUAGCUAAAGUUGGGAAGAACUUACUGAAGAGCACUGACAGUGGAGAGAAAGUGGAGCUCCAGUCUCUGUGGCAGAACCAGCCUGUGGUUGUGUUCUUUCUGCGCAGGUUCGGCUGCCAGGUGUGCCGAUGGAUGGCGUCGGAGAUCAGCAAGCUGGAGCCUGACCUCAGGGCCAACGGGGUCUCCCUGGCGGGAGUCGGACCAGAGGAGCUUGGGCUCCAGGAGUUCAAGGAAGGAGGGUUUUUUAAAGGCUCCAUUUAUGUGGAUGAAGAAAAGAAGUGUUACAAGGAUUUGGGAUUCAAACGGUACACAGCUUUAAGCGUGCUUCCUGCUGCUUUAGGGAAGAAAGUGAGAGAUAUAUCUUCAAAGGCCAGCGCUGUAGGAAUCCAGGGAAACUUUUCAGGAGAUCUGCUGCAGAGUGGUGGCUUGAUCAUUGUGACAAAAGGUGGAGAGAAGGUAUUGCUCCACUUCAUCCAGGAUUCACCGGGAGACUUUGUACCUCUGGACGACAUCUCCACGGCUCUCGGUAUCUCAGCCACAGUGAAAGCCGGGCAGAAGCCAGUGUGCAAUGAUGAUGUUUGUACACGAUGAAGCAGCAGCAGCAGGGAGCUUCGCCUGAAAGCCUCGAGUCUCCAACAUAAAGGAAGAGGAACGAUAACACUGACAAUAUUGCAGUAACUCCAACGCCUUUGUUGUCUUUCCCUUUUGUAAAAUCUCAAUGUACUUGCAGCUAAAGCUUUACCUGCAUCUUCAUAGAAACCCUUUUUGAUUCUGAAUGUGACUAAUAAUAUGUUAAUCAUGAUUUAUAUUUUAAUGCAACUUUGUACACCUUAAACUUUUUAUGAAGGACGUCUUAUUUUGUAUGUCUGGUAAUGAUUCCACUUGGAAGUCUCUCUCUGACUUCAGUUUUUUUUAUGUUGGAUCACAAGGCAUCUGCUUUCUUACAUUUGUUUUAACUGUAAAGAAUAAUUUUUGCAGUCAAUAAUAAAAUCUUUUGGCGAUAAAUCA